CGUGUUCGUUUUUGCGCUGAUAAACGGUGACCGUGUCAGGAUUGUCGGUGUUUGGGGGCUCCAGCUGUGACACAGUGGUGGGACUCUGUUCGUGUGAAUGUAUCUGUAUAUGAGAACUGGAGAAGUCGGUCUUGAGUGCGUGUAGCGAUUCAGUGGCACUGCACACAAAUGAAUGGUUGGCAGAGGUUCUUUCACCAAUUGCUGUCCUCUGGCCCUGGAGAAGUGAACACAGUCAUUGCAAGGCUGUCCCCUGAAUCCCCAUGCCAGCGAGGCAGUCAGCCAAGAAGUCGUAGGUGAUCAAGUUGAAGACCUAAUAAUAUCAGUAGCACCAACCCACCUUGGUCCUGGUGUCUCCGGAUGUCAUCUGUGAGGGUGGUCAGGGCCGUUUCCACCCCAUGACCAGCAUGGAACCUGGACUGGAAAGGAUCCAGAGAUGUCCUGUCCCCAAAUCUGAGUUGGAAGAAAAAUUUGCCAUGGGUUUGUCUGCAUCCUCUCCAUCGAUAGCACUCCAAGCUGAUGUAUCUGAACAGCCUCAGACAGCCAAUUCACAAUGUCCCAUGCAUCAGAAUGAAACGGAAGGUUGCCCAAUGCACAUGAAAUCAGCUGAAAAUGUUGAUGAAAGACACCACGUUUCUUGUCCUGUGCAUCAAGAAAGAGCAUAUGAAUAUAUUGAAUGCCCUGUGAAGUCUCAAAUGCAUGAGAAGCUUGAUCCCAGCAACAUGAUGCCAUCCCCUAAUCAACAGCCAUCCCCUGGUCAACCAUUUGCACUGUCUACCACAAGAGAAGAGUCUACUAUUCCUAGAACUUUUUCUCAACAAAACUGGGUUUAUCCUUCAGAACAAAUGUUUUGGAAUGCAAUGCUUAGGAAAGGAUGGAGAUGGAAAGAUGAUGACAUAAAACCUGAAGAUAUGACUAAUAUUAUUAAGAUUCAUAAUCAGAAUAAUGAGCAAGCUUGGAAGGAAAUUUUAAAAUGGGAAGCACUUCAUGCUAGGGAGUGCCCCUGUGGACCGACACUUGUUCGGUUUGGAGGUAAAGCUAAGGAAUAUUCACCAAGAGCCAGAAUACGCUCCUGGAUGGGGUAUGAAUUGCCUUUUGAUAGGCAUGACUGGAUUAUUGAACGCUGUGGAAAAGAAGUCAGAUAUGUUAUUGAUUAUUAUGAUGGAGGGGAAGUUGAUAAGAACUAUCAGUUUACCAUUUUGGAUGUUCGUCCAGCUUUUGAUUCCUUAACUGCUGUGUGGGACAGGAUGAAGGUGGCUUGGUGGCGCUGGACUUCGUAACUAAACUUUCACCCUAUGGAAAACAAUAUUAGAACUGUGUUACUUUGGUCUUGAAUAAAAAUUCAUGCUGACUUCAGUUCUAUAUAACAGCAUUGUGCUAGCUAUUCCGGGACAAACUACGUUACUUUAAUCAGGGCUUUGUUUAAAUAAUACAGUGUGUAUGUGUGUUUCCCCCUCCCCCCGGCAUUUGAUCACAAGUGGAAGACACUUAGUUACAUUUGAUCACAAGUGGAAGACAUAUGGAAUCUGUAUGCAUCAGGAAGAAGAGACAGCCCUACAAUAGAAGAAGAGGUGGUUUUUAUAUGAAAAAUAGAAGAGGUGAUUUUUAUAUGCUGCUUUUCUGUACUGUCAGGUGUCUCAAAGCAGCUUACAAUCACCUUCCCUUCCCACACCCUCUGUAACAGGCACCUUGUGAGACAGGUGCGGCUGAGAGUUCCGAGAGAACUGUGGCUAGCCCAACAGGCUGCAUGAGGAGAAGUAGGGAUUCAAACCCAGUUCUUCAGAUGAGAGUUUGCUGCUCUUAACCAUUAUACCACAUUGGCUCUUAAAUAGAUUGUAUGUACAUAUGCAGAAAGUAUCCAUGGUUUACAUACAAAUGCAUUUUUUUUAGAAACAAUCAGAAAUCAACUAUUUGACAGUUUUGACAUCCUGCCUUUUUGGAAGUUGAGGUAGAGUUUGACAAAAAAACCCCCCCACAACCCUUUGCUAAUGUCUGUUUUGAAAUACUUUGCUCUUUAAAUAAUAAGUUUAAAUGUUCAGUACUACAAGGAGCAUUGUGGUAAAUGAAUUAGCGUAUCGACUUUUUCAUGUCAUAUAUACUUCACCAGGUAGCAUAUGGUUUAGAACUUUUGGACUCUGAGCAAGGAAGGGCGGCUGUCAGAAACUGGUUCCUCUUGGAAACACGUAAUUUAAAGGUGCCAUAUCUGAAACAUUUUCUGUGCAUGUUCUUCUAAAAAAUCAGUAAAGUGUUAGCCUGUGCACUUAGGUGAACCUGUAGGAUUCACUUACAUGAAGAAUGAUGUCUAAUAGAUACCAACAUCAAAGAUACUUGUGCAGUACAAAAGGUUGUUUUGGACUGGAUUUUGUUAGGAGUUGCCUUUGAAUAAUUUUGUGGUUAUAAAUUCACUUUUGUGUGAAUGCUGAUGAGCUUUUCAAUGCUUAAAUCCAAAUUUAACUGCAAACCAGGCUGGGGUGGUAAAAAGGGCUUCCAGACAAAUGCUUUGCUGGAGCUAUGCCUAGGUCCCAUCUCGACCCUUUGCAGCUGGAUAUUCUUGGUCAGCAACCUUGGCUUUUCCUGUGCUCCUUUUUGCAUCCUAUACACCGUUGUGAUGGCUGUACUCUUCUUUUGUCCUCACAAUUCCCACUACCCUCCUGUCUGGCUUGAAAAAGAAGAGAACAUGAAAAGCAGAAGGUGAAAUGUUUGUUAGGGGGUUGUGGAUCAGUAUUGCUCCCAGCAAAGUAGCCAGGAUAGGCUGUGGCAGCAAAACAAGAGGAAGGACCUUGCAGCACCUUUUGAAGAAACAAAUGCACUCCAGUUAGAGGCAUGAAAUUACUUCUGAACAAGUGCUUUAUACACAGAGUGGAUAACCAAAAAAUGAACACUGGAUUAAAAGACUUAAUUUGUGACAUUUCUGUGCAAAAUUGCAUGAAUUUGUUUUAAGCUGCCACAAUACUGCUUCGAAUAAUCCUUUGUAUGGCUGUUGUAUGUGAACUUUUGUCUCUUCUCAUCUCUGCUGGAAGAAUCUUUUCAAAAAUCUUUGAAAGAGCAAUAUAUGCUAAAAUGUUGAGGAAAUUAUUGGGGGAACCACCAAAGGUUUGUAUGUUACUGACAAAAUCACUAAUGCAACUUUUAAUCAUCAAGCAGAUGUUAAUGUGUGAUAACUGACUACAUAUCACUACAAUAAUUUAAAGCCUUGAUUUUUAAAUUGUAGACACAUUUUUUUUCAGAAAUGGAAAACUAAUUCUGUUUUUCAUGAUGGCCACUGCAUCUGAUGGAUGAUGUCAGAUCAGUAUUCACACCUCUGCAAGAUACAUUUGCUGGAAAAGGUUCCAAUAAUCUAGUAUAUAUUUUCAUUGUAUAUAGAUGGAGUCACCCAUAUGUUAUAUGAUGCUUCCUGGCUUUAAACAGAAAGAAAAUAAAGUUUAUUUUUUACCUCA